UUCCUCUUUUACUAUUAUAUAUAGUAUAAUAAUUUUGAUAACUGGUAAAUAAUACUAGUAUUCCCAGCGUUAGGAUUUAGGUUGUUUUUUUUGCUUCAAAACUACUCCCAAGCUCCUCCAUCUUGUUGCAUCCAGAGUUCCAGGCGACAAAAACAAAAUGGACAAAAUUCCAUUUUGAUUUUGAAGAUUUUUCCUUUUGCUCUUGUAUUGAGCUUCCGAACCAAAAGAUUCAUCAUCGUCCUUCCAUCAUUCCACCGAAUCAAAAUUAAGCUCCAUCACCACCAUCCUUAAAAUCGAACCCAAAAAAAAAAAAAAAAAAAAGAAUGAAAAGAAGCCGAAGAAAAAGGUGGAAAUAGAGAAGAGGAGACCGGAGGGAAGGAGCUGAAGAUAUAGCCAAUCCGGUAGAAGGAGGAAGAGGAAAGAACUAAGAACACCGGAAUUUUCAGAGCUCGGUUUGACUAAAUUGAUCGCCAAGGGGCUGGUUUUAGCUACCUUCUACUAAAAUGCAGGAAAUGAAGAGGCUCACUUACAUGUUGAACAAUGACAUUUCAAUUGAAGUACUUUCUAGAUUACCAGUUAAGAUUUUGCACAAGAUGAAGUUAGUUUGCAAGGAAUGGCGGAGUAUGAUUUCAGAUCAUUCUUUCGUUCGCUCUCUGUUGCAAAGGAAAGAACCAUUGACAGGUUUUUUCUUCCAGGAAUCACACACGUGGGUUGAUGAGGAUAUAGAUCGAAUCAGCUACCUUUCACUAGAAACUUUGAAAGUUCACUGCUCAGCCUUCGACUUUCUUCCCGAAAAAGUUGUGCUACUUGCUUCGUGCAAUGGUUUAGUAUGUUGCCGUAGUAGCUUUCCUUCUUCGAGACCCUUACUGUAUGUCUGCAAUCCUUUGAACAGAGAGUGGAUAAGUUUGCAAUGGAUUCAUCCUUCCCAAAGGGCUAAUGUGGCUUUGGAUUUUGAUCCAUUUCAGGUUCCUACCGGAGAUGCUUCUGUAAGUUUCAAAGUUGUUGCUGUUAAUCAGAGUACAAAUAUCAAUGGAGAAUCUGAAUAUUCAUUUGAUGUAUACUCAUCUGAAACUGGGGAUUGGAUGCGCUCAGCGGCGAGAUGCCUAUGUGAACACCAUCUGUUAAGCAACAAAGGCAUAUUUGUAGAUGGUUACCUGUAUUGGCUUACAGAUGGUGAUGCAAUCCUCAUGUUUAAUCCUGAGAUUGGGUUCUCUGCUUUGAUUGCUAUACCUCUACCUCUCAUAGCGUUCGACAGCAAGCCCGAAAUGUGCAUUGGUGAAUCGAAAGGAAACCUCCAUUUCGUGUUUUUGUCUGGGGAAGGACUCCAGCUGUGGGUAAUCAACGAUCCGUUUACAUCUACUUGGGAUCUCUGUGUCUCCAUAUCUCUAAAAGAAUUAGAGGAAGUAAAUCCUAUGUUCCCUUUUGAUUUCUCCGAUAAGAUGAAAAGACACCAGGGCGACAAACAUUUUGUGGUGCAUCUUUUGGCCUACAAAGAUGAUAUUUUGUUUUUUAGGCUCUUAACUAGUUUCCAUUCAUAUGACUUCGGGACAAGGACAAUGAGAAAACUAUGUGAAAAUUCUCAGUUGGGACAGUAUGUUAUGCAUUCACCAAUGCUCCUCCCAUAUUCAAUGAGCUUAGUUCCUCCCAGUAUGAUGUAGGAGAGAUGAAAAUAUUUUACGGAGUGGUAUUUAUGUCUUCAAGGUGAGUUUUAAAUCAGAAUCGAAAUCUCUAUAGUUCUCUUGAUGUACUUCGGAAUUCCUAGUUUUUUUAACCUUAAUCACAGUUGGUGAUAUUGGGUUGAAUUCUCCUGCAUGAAUAUUUUGUCAAUUAUCAUACAAAUAUUUGUUGUUCCAUUUGUCUAUUUUACCAGAGUUUGAUAGAUCAUUUACAUAACCAAACUAUUGUACUAAAUUAUG